AGCUUUUCUAUUCAAUUGCGUUUUGGCAGUCAUAGCUAACGGUUGUGCUUAACAGCUAAAAGCGGAUAAAUAAAGAAAAAUUUUAAUAGACGUUUUAUUCUUUCGGAUUAUUUUAUUAUAUUAAAAAGAUUUUUUUUAUUUUGAUGUUAAGUUUGAAAAAAAAAGCUUAAGAAUAAAGAACGCUAAAAAGUUAAUUAAAUACAAAAGAAAAGUAAAUUAACAUAUUUUUUUUUUUUUUUGAGAGAAAUAAAAAAUUUCAUUAUAAACAAUAAAGUGUUAUCUAAAUGUUAAACCGUAAAUGGACUUAUACUACAAAAAACGGAAAGAAAUAAUAAAUAAAUAAAAAAUUCUAAAACGCAAAUAAUAAUUUGCAUAAUUUACAAAUUUCUAGUGAAAAUAAAUGUGUUGCAAUUUUUGCUGAGAAUUCCUGUGAAUCAUAUAUUUGCAAUAAAAAUUAUAUUAAACAAAACAAAUUAUUAAAUAUUUUUUUCUAAAAAAAAAAUAAUAAUAAAAACAAAAGAGCAAAGAACUUUAGAAAAUGUGACUGUGUUUUAUUUUAUUUUUGGUGAUUAAUGUGUAAUUUGCCAUUUUGUUAAUUUUUUGUUAAUAAUAUAUAUAUAAAAAAAGUGCAAGCAAAUUUUAUUGAAUAAUAACAAUAAUAAAUAUUUAACAAUUUUAUUUUUUUGUGACAAAACAAAGAAACAACAACAAUAUGCGCAACAGUUAUUAAAAUCCAAAUAAAACAAUUAUUGUGUAAAAGAUUAAAUAAAAUAGAAAAAAAAUCUAAAAAAAAAACGUUAAACAAACAAUUGAAUUUAAAAUGUCGAUUGUUUGUACUUUAGAACCCAAAGUGAAUUUAUUUAAAGGUCCUGUGGCUACAAAAAAUUUACUUGUUCUAAAAAACAACAUUGUAAAUAGCAACAGCAACAACAACAACAGCAGCAAUAUUAAUUGCAAUAACAAUAACAGCAACAACAGCAACCAUAUUAAUAUAAUUAAUAACAAUAAAACUUCAGCUGUUAACAAUAAAUUAUUAACGGAUACAACAACUGCAACGUUACAAAAUUCCAUCACAAAUAAUUCUAUCAAAGAAAAAUCUUUAAACGCUCAGUCAGCAACACAACAUACAAAAGUAACAGAUUUUAAAUCGCGUAUAUCAGUUACAGAGUUUGUAAGACGUAACACUAAUCUGGGAACUCCCCUAACUAUUAACACCAACAGUGAUCUAAUAGAACUGCAUCAACAGCAACAACAACAACUACAGCAGCAUCAGCAACAAAUCCAACAUCACCAACAGCAACAGCAGCAACAACAGCACAGAUUAAUAACGGCUGCCAACACAAAUAUGCCAGAAGUUUUACAUGCAGCAGCAGUUAAUAGUCUGAAUACAGCAAAAUAUCAUCAACACCACCAACAGCAGCAACAACAGCAUCAAGCACUAACUCCAGUAACAGCAGCAGCAGCGGCCGCCGCCAUGGCCAUGAAUACAGUACGCAUGUCCACUAUAUCGCCUACACUGUCAAUGAAUGGCAGUUCAAAUGAGGCCACCAAUAUGCAUAGUCUUUCUAUGUAUAAUGGUCCGGUCAGUCCACAAUCUAGUGAUUCAGGUCAUAGCAUGUCGGAUAUGCAUAUAUCACGGGAUGGCAAAUAUGUUACCUUUAAUGGUGAACACAUGACGAAACAACAGGCAAAUGCCGCCAAGGAAUUAUUCUCACAGCGUAAACAACGUGAAUUUACACCGGAUUGCAAGAAAGACGAUAGUUAUUGGGAUCGUCGUCGACGCAAUAAUGAAGCCGCCAAGAGGAGUCGUGAAAAGAGACGUUACAAUGAUAUGGUUUUGGAGCAACGUGUAGUGGAAUUAACAAAAGAGAAUCAUGUUCUAAAGGCUCAAUUGGAUGCCAUUAAAGAUAAAUUCAAUAUAUCCGGUGAGAAUUUAGUGAGUGUAGAGCAAAUCUUAGCUUCGCUACCCACCAGUGAGCAGGUUUUGAGCAUAACUAAGAGAGCCAAAAUGGCUAAUCCCUCCACGGCAAAUACACAAAAUAAUUUCAAUAGUAAUUCUGCUAACACUAACAAUGGUUUACUCUAUAGUUCCUCCCAAACACCCGGCACAGCACUUCUGCAACAGAAGUCCGCUAACGAGGUGUUGAGUUCAACUAACGACAAGUUACCUUCACAAACAGUUAUUAAGCCUAAUGGUUUGCCUGCAGCAGUAGCCACAUCACCCACCACUCCCUCCUCUACGUCGUCGGCUACAAAUGUAUCUUUACAUUUGGCUGCAACACAGGGUCCUAAUACCGUCCAAUCACCUCAGUCCCUAUAUGCAGCCUCGAGCACAGGCGGCGUUCAUUAUAAUUCUGCAAAUUUAAGUGAAAAUCUUACACCUGCAACACAACAUGCCCAACAUCAUGUGGUAACAGCCGCCGCCUCUACCACGGUGAAUACCCAACCGCCCACUAAUUUACAAAAUCUACAUGUUUUACAAGCCCUCAAUCGUCGCUGUGACUUGGAUAAUUUGCGCAAAGUUGUCGCUGUAGUAGAUGCCAUCAAUACAAAUGGUGAUUUACAAACGUCGGUUAGUGGCCUAUAUACAAAUGCUCAAUCUGCUGCUCUUUAUGCCGGAGCUGCUCAACACAUAAAUCUGUAUUCCCAGUUCACUAAAGAGGAUCAUGGUUAUAUGUCAACUAAUGAAACUUCACCGGUUAGCAGUAAUGUGGGUGAUUCGGUGACCUCAUCAUCGGCUCGUGCUAAUGCCAGUGUUUUGAAUCUUUCAAGGCGUGCCAGCACUCCCACGGCCUAUGAAAACAUGCUGUCCUCAACUACCUCCUCCUCAAGACUUUCCUCCAUGUCGUCGGCCUCCUCGUCGGGUGCCGUUUCCGGUGAUGACGAUCACGAAGCCGACAAUGAAAUGCCAGAAGAAUCAAAUGAACAUAAUCUCGCCAGUACUACUACCAGUCCCCUCAGCACAGACUCCAACAAUUGCUUGCCGCUUAAACUAAGACACAAAUCCCAUUUGGGCGAUAAGGAUGCAGCCGCCAAUGCUUUACUUGCCCUUCAGCACAUUAAACAGGAACCGAUUAGCAGUAGAGCCUCACCACCUGGUUGGGCUGAUAAUUCCGGUGAUAAUAGUAGUGAUGAAAGAGAUUCGGGUAUUUCUAUACCCAGUCCCGAGUGGACAGCACAGUAUCAACGUAAGGUAUUAGUGGCGGGCAAAGAUAGCUGUACAGCUUCAGCUGUGGUAACAGUAACACCGUCGGAGAGAGAUCAUAUUUUAAAAUCACAAUUGGCUAGAUUAGAAUCAGAAGUUGCUACUAUUAAGAAUAUGAUGAUUUAUUCAUCAGAUCAAAAUUUAAUACAACAAGAUCUUAAAAUAUAAAUAGAGAGAAAAAAGGAAAAGAUAAUGGAAAAGAGAGGGAGAAGGGAUGCAAUGUAAAGAGAGAAUGACUUACUAUUACACUCUAUAAGUUUAAGAAGAGCUUACAUUUUGAGAAGUUUUUUGUUUAAUGAGAGACAAGUUUUAAACUAAUUAUUGUCAGAGUCUGAGAAACAAGUGAUCUAUCUGUUUUGUUUUCUGAAAUCAAGAGAGUAAAAUAGCUCUUUGUCUAUCUCAAGUUUAAAACAAUUGGAAUAUUUAAGAUUUUUGCUAUCAAAUUAUUUUGAGAAUUUUUUAACUAGUUAGCGUCAGAGAGAGA